AUGUCAUUCCUCACCACCAUCCGUGCCUCCUCCCGCCAAGCUAUCCGAACCAACUUCGCCGCGCCAGCUUCCACAUUCCAUUUUUCAGCAGUCCGAAGCUUAAACGAGGAUGAUAGGAGCCGUGAGAACCUCUCCCACCACUACGAAUCCCAUAAGCAGGAAGGCAUCAAGAACACCAAAGAGGGCAAGGCAGAGUGGAAGUCCGAGCUGGCUAGUAACAGCGAAGCGGAUGUCAAAGCGGAUCGUGGCGAGUUAGACGGUGAUAUCUCUUUCCAGGAGAUGCAGAAGAAGACGAAACAUGUUAAAACCGAGGCGGGUAACAAGCAAUAA